UCAUCUGCAAGUUACUACGACGUUCUUGGGGUUAAGCAUGAUGCUUCACUGGAAGAAAUAAAGAAUGCAUUUUUUGACAAGUCCAAAAAGGUUCUCCUUCAAAACAUUUCCAUUAGUCAGACAUUUGGCAGACAGAACAACUUACAAAAUAUGCAGACAGCUGAUGUUACAGUUAUACAAAAGGACUUUGAAUACAUAAUAUGUAAGGAUUCAGGUUCUGAAAAACUUGAGCUUAGUGCUGGUUUGCGUAAGUGUUCAAAUGGCAUAGUCAAUAACUGAAGGGACAAUUUUAAACCCUUUAAGUCCAUGAACAAGAAAGACAAAGAAGUUCAGAAAAUAAACAUGUAUUACAAAGGCAGUCCCUGCAAAUUAACAAGCAGAGAAAAUGAUCAGAGUUAUCUGAAGAUGGAGGUCUUUGGCUCCAAACAGAAAUUCUACUGGAAUGCAGUUAAUGAACUUUAAAUGUACUUUAGUUUUGAAUCCAACUACAAAGUUUUAGCGAUUUUUCCACCAAGUUCUCCAAGUAUAUUACAGUAUCUUUUAAAAAGCUUUGUAUUGAAUUUACCAGUAUAUUUAUUCAGUAUAUACAAGAUAUACAAGUUACUCAGUGCUCAGACAUUGUAGCUAAAACAGACCACAACUGUCAUGUCUGGCUUCAUGUGAACCAAGGUCAGGGUUAUCAAGGACAGUGUGUUUUUGUGCCAGUAAAGUGCAUCAGGUAUCCCUAUAGUCACAGGACCCUUCACCACUAGAUGGGUCUGUUUCAUUAUAGUGACAUAGGCAGCCCAUUCCUCUCAGUACUUCUUACAUGGUGUACAUGCAGAGAGGUUUCAGCUUAUCUCACACAAAAAGUUUGUUGUCUAAGUGAUUGCCUUAGCUAUGUGAUUGCCUUAUGGAAUACUGUAUGUACAUGUAUAGUACCGUGUCAUUAACAUAUUUUGUGCAAAGGUUAAAAACAUUCUUAAAAUAACACAAUUGCAGUAUAUCGUGUCCGAUAGAGGUCGAUCGAUUGAAACAUCACACAUCCACACCGAUAGUUUUUCCCUGUUGCAUCAGUUGCAGGAGCAGGGACCACUGUCAUUAUACAGUACGAGAGCGGUCUCUAGAGGCGAACAACAAACUGGACAAAUUUUGUUGUGUUAUUUGAAGUGUUUUUGAUUCAUUUUGGAUGUCUCUAUACUUAUUUGUUAUUUGGAGUGUUACUGUUUGGUUCAGUUUGGAUGUGUAUCUUUUAUUGACUUUAAUAUUUAUUAAUAGUUAAUAUAUAUUAAUAUUUAUAUCUUUAUUUCAUUUAUAAAAAGUACAGUACAUUUUCAGGGUACAUUCAGUACUGUUUAUUUUUGUAAUAAAGUUCAGCAGUAUUUUGCGUUGAGUGUUAUGUUUUCAUUCAGUAUCAGUCGGUUGAUCAACUGUUGGUUGGUUAUAGGCAGGUACUACCCAACUUAUUGGUAUGGGUAAAAUUCCACUGUCGGUCGACCACUAAUGUCUUUAUAAGAUUUGGCCAUAGGGCAUAGUCAAACGUUGUUAUAUAAGGAUACAAAGUCAGGAGCCCUGAAAAAUUAGACAUGUUUAUGAAGUGGCUCAAGUCAUUUUCCAUGUCAUGCAGUGAUUAGUGUUUUGUUUAAACGAAACAUAUUUCUAUAUGAACUUCAUCUGUUUCAUCACAUUUCUAUGUAUUCAGCUUCACCCUGACAGUGACCCGUCUAACCCAAGCCUCCAUAGUCAGUUUGUUAAGCUGAAUGAAGCUUACAGGGUGUUGAGCAAAGAGGGCACCAGGAAGGAGUAUGACUUCGGCUUGAGACAUUACCAGAGUUUUAGACCGUCUUCCAGAUACACACACAAGCCCAGCUCUGCUGAGACGGCCAAGAACGUGCACUACUGGGAACAAUUCCGAAACACAGAGGACUACUCUGAGGAAGGCUGGCAGAAGAAGAGGAAGAAGAAUUUGCAUCUGGUGGGCUACUGCAUCAUCGCCAUGCUUCUGAGUAUCGGCGCCCAUUACUUCGGGUUCAGAAAGCUGGAGGAAGUACAUAAUGACUUCAUGGACAAAAAGGAUAGUGUCAUCACUAAAAUCUACAAUGAGUCCAAAGAGAGAGCCAGGGUGAAUGGCUUUAAGAAACAGCAGGAGAUCCUGAGACAGAAACACGCAGAAUUUCUGGAGAGAUACAAGAUACGUCAAAGUGGCAAAGAGAAGUAGAAAUAUACAGAUCUCAUGAGACACGGUGUAGAGUCCAUUACUGGAACUGCGUGCACACGGAGGUAGCAGAUAGCUUUAGGAGAUGGAGUGAUGGUGCUUCUAGGUUGAAAACAAAUAAUAAUAAUCAUCAUCAGUGUCAGAUAUCUGUGAACACUUCCAGGAUGCACAGAAAACGGAUCCAUAAUUUAAUUACAAAACAUGCUGAUGGCUUCAUUGUUGUUUUAUAUAAUAUAAAGUUCUGUCAGGUAAGGGCCAUAAAUAAUGGGUCAGUAUAGAAACAGGGCUACAAAUACGGCAAGCUCUUGUUCUACAUGAGGUAUGAGACACCUGUAUGUCCACAACAUGCCUGGAUUUCCUGGGUGGAAUUGUGACUGCACCUGGAUACGGUGUUAUGGAAAAAAGUCAAAGCAUUGUACACAGGUGUGUGUGUGUGUGAUUAUAUUACCUAAGCUAAAUUAAAGGAGAGCCAGUACAUUCACUUGUGACAUUGACUACAUUUACAUGCACAUCAAUAUUCUGAUAUUAAUCAGAAUUUGGCAAUAUUAUAAUUAGUAUUGAGUCGUGUAAACCCCGCAAUCCAAAUCAGAUUAAGACAAUAUUCUGAUUCCCCAAAUUCUUAUUCCCACCCCUGGAAUAUACCUGUUUUAAUCUGAAAUUUGUAAACACCUUUUUUAGUAAAUCCACUGAAAGGAGAUAUAUGCGCAUGCUCUGUCUGCUAACAGAUGCAAAUCAGGAAUACUUACAACAACCAUGUAUACAUAUAAACAUCGUAUUCGGAAUAUGGCUGCAACCUGAAUAUAGACCUUAAACGGAAUUUGAUGUGCAUGUAAUCGUAGUCAAUAUUAUAGUAUCAAGCAGGCCAUAAUUUCUGAAUCAAUAUGAAUUAUAGAAGGGAUUCUGGGCUUUGUUUUCAGAACUGAAAAUAUAUUUAAAUAUCAUUGUAACCUGGAUUGGUUGUCAUGGUUUGACAGAAAUGACAUUCUGAUUUCCCUACAAAAAAGAGAAAAGAAAAGAAACAGCAAAUAAAAUUUUUGGAAGCUGAAUUGCUCUGGAAAGCUCGUAAUGAAACUUCAGAUAAACACCCAACAAUUAUAAUAUAUCUGAAUAUAUUUGUGGAAAUAUUUUUAGUUUUGCACAACCAUUUUCUGACUGGUGCAUUUGCCAUUUGUUUUGCUCUCUUUAGGUACAUGCCAUCUCCAGUCAUACUAUAACUGUAGACAUGUUCUCUGUAAUGCUGUCUUCAGCUGCUGUAUUAAAUAACAAGGAGACUGCCAUCUCCAGGUGUUUCCCACUGUUAAUCAGUAGAAUCUUGCAUGAACCCAUCACUGAGGUUUGACUGUUGCUGUAAGUGGCGUAGUGUUUCUCAGACAUUUUUUCUUGCAAUUAUAAAUAAUUAAACAUUAUACUGAUAUU